CAUUCUUUGUGGACAAAUGAUUGUGGCAGUGAGAUAAGACGUGUCCUUUUAUCCCCUCUACACACAUACGCCAUCCUUUGUAUUUCAAUUUCACUCCAAUGGGUUGUUGUUGCGACGAAGACGACGGUGACAUUUUCCGGCAACUCAUCAAUUCCAAUUUCUCUUCCUCAUCCUCCUCCACCGCUACCACCACUGCCACCACAGUGAUCUCCCCCAUGAAUUCCCAUUUCUCGGCACUCUCCUCCACCGACAUCCUCCUCCUCAUCUUCCAGAACCUUCCGAUCCCCGAUCUCGCCCGUGCCAGCUGCGUCUGCCGUCUCUGGAACUCCGUCGCCUCCCAGAGGGAGAUGCUCACAAGAGCCUUCGUUGCCCCUUGGAAAUUGAACCACGUUAUCGGCGACCCGCUCUCUGGAAGCUUCUGGAGAGACAAUUCCAUCGCCAAAUUCGCCAUCUCCCAUCGCAUUUCCCGCGGCGACACCGUCGCUAGCCUCGCCGUCAAGUACGCUGUUCAGGUAAUGGACAUAAAGCGCCUGAACAACAUGAUAAGCGACCAUGGCAUAUACUCAAGGGAAAGGUUAUUAAUCCCUAUUAGUAAUCCUGAUAUUCUGAUUAACAGAACGUGCUUUAUUGAGCUGGAUGUCUAUGCAAAACGAGAAGUAGCAGUGCUGUAUCCUAAUGAUGUGCCAGACACGAGGACUGCCUACGUGUCAAACAGAAUUUCCUCAGAAGAAAGCAACAAAAAGGUGGUUGAUUUCUUGAAGAGAAGCAUGCAUGUUGAUAAUGAAACAGCUCAAUAUUACUGGUCUGUUUCAAAUGGUGAUCCACGAGCGGCAUUUGCCGAGUUUUCUGCAGACCUUAACUGGGAUAGGCAAGCAGGGCAUUCAUAGUCUUUCUUAAGGUUACCUUGUUAUUUAAGAGGUUGGUGGCAAGUUGAAAACAAAUUAUUUAAGAGGCUGCUUGGCAAGCAAAUAGAUAAAUAAUUAAGAGACUGUGUUGCAGGCAAGUAUAUGCUCCAGUAGGUUGCCUCUUAAAAAAAUUGUUCAUUCUCCUCUGAUUGAAUACUGCUUGAGUUCUAAACAGAUUGUCAUAUUUGCUUAUGAAACUACAGUCAUAUACUGUUGCCGUGUGUAAAAGAUUUCAGCCACUCAUGUGGUGAAGUGUGUUCAGAAUAUGUGUAAAUUUUAUUAUUACUCUUUUAAAAAAGAAAUUGAUGCAUUAUUUUAGUCUGGUCAUUA